ACUACGAGAGAAAAGGGGCGUGAGCUUGCAUUUAUAUAGCUGCGUUCUGGGAGUAUAAGACUAUUGUUAGCGAACUCGGUGGAUAUAUGCAUAAGUAUUUAAAAUCAAUACUACGUCUAUUGUGGGAACUCUACACUUGAAUGAGAGACACAAACAGCUGAUUGGUUCAAUUCUGGGUAAAAGGGUACCCUUUCCCUUAUAAGGGAGUUCAUGACCUAAUUUCACUACUAUUAUAAAUGAACGAUCAGCUGUUUCACUGAGCUAUCAGACUCCUCACGCGAAAGCACCUCUUCUGUAUUAUCAGUUUUGUGUGUACUACUGUACUACAGUACCAGCAUGACAGAAGCGAUGACCAGUUUGGACGCUCAUUCAGACCCCUCUGCAGAUCCCAUUAUGGACAUAAUUGCAGGGGCCACUCGAUACAAGAUAAUGAUGCAAUGUUUAGAAAUUGGCUUGUUUGAUGAAAUUGAAUCCCUUGGUGAAACCUGCACAGCAGAAACCAUCGCCAAGAAAUGCGGGUAUGACGUAUCUGUUUUGGAGCGAUUACUUAGUACCCUUGCAAGUUACAACCUUUUGCAGAAGGACUGCAAUAGAAAAGGUAUGCCUUCCUACAGGAACUCGUCAGGGACAUCUAAAUAUCUUACCAGAUCACGAAGACCAACAAUGAUAGGCCUUGCAAUGUCAGUAGAUGCAAUGAUCAAUCCAUUGCUUGAUAAUCUCCCUGUGCUUCUGAAAUCAGGUAAACCAAAACUCGACAUUAAUAAAAACGUAGCCGAUAAUGGCAAUAUACUGAGUUCCUCACCAAACCACCAAAAGACACCAAACAACAUAAUGGAUAAAGAAAAUAACAUGGGCCCAGGCUCUCCCAUCAAGCAGAACAUGUCUAGUAUGCCUCAUAUUCCAAAAAUGCCCUGCAUGCCCAAAAUGCCCCCAAACUCUACCAAAAUGCCCAUGGAGAAAAACGGCAUCGAUUACCAGGCCAAAUUCCUCAUGGCAAUGGAGGGGUUCUCUGCCUCGUGUGCAUCAUCUAUUGUCAAAGCCUUCGACCUCAGUCAGCACAGAUCUGCAGUAGAUCUUGGGGGUGGACCUGGUAGAAUCUCAUAUGAAAUGGCCAAUACUUAUCCUCAUAUGAAGAUCACCGUCUUCGACCUUCCUCCAGUGAUUCAGGUGGCGCAGAAGAUGCAGCAGCCAUGUUCUCAGGGACAAAUCUUCUUCAAAACUGGAAACUUCUUUGAAGAUGAAAUACCAUCUGCAGACCUCUAUCUUUUGGGCCAUGUCAUUCAUGGUUUUGACCUAAAAGGAAUUGACAGACUUCUUCAGAAGGUGUACUCUAAACUUCCACCAGGUGGAUCUGUUCUAGUCAUGGAAAAGAUUCUUGCAGAAAACAGAAUGGAACCAGAACUUGCUGUCACCAAUGACUUUGUGAUGACCCUUCUUUCACAAGGUCAGGAGAGAACCUUUUCCGACUACCAGAAACUCUUUUCUAAACAUGGUUUCGUCAAUGUGCAAUUCAAACACAUAGAUGGUCUGAAUUAUUAUGACGUCAUGCUCCUGAAGAAACCAUUUUAGUUUUUUUUUGUACUUGGAGACUUGGAAUCCACACUGCAUUCAGCCAAUUUUUUAGCAGAUCUGUUCUUUGUAUCCCCUAACUGAUGGAUUGUCCCAAACAAUAUGCAGGCCAGGAAUUUGUACCAAAGAUAUGGGUUUAUGUAGUCUUGUUUCUUUUUUAAGGAAGACAAAUAAACCCUAUCAAUUGUAAUCGCUCCCUUUUUAAUCGAUGAGCGCAUAUUUAUGUCACCAGUUAUAAAUUACGUGUGACACUGAAGUAAAAUUUAAAUUUCUUGACAAUUUUGUUUUCGUGCAAAUUUUUUUUAUUGUCUGUGAAGUACAGCUGUUUUUUAAACAGUCAUCAUGUCGACUGUGUGAAGAUUGUAAUGUAAUAUACUUUUUACGCAAACUGAAUAUUUUUAUUACUGAUCUCAUAUCACGGCACUGUAACUUGCAAUGUAAGUAACACUAUCAUUUAACCUUAAUAGCGACAGAUCACACAGUUCUUGGUUUCCAUUUGCCACGUGUAUCAUAAAUCAAGUCACGUGAUUUUAGGGGUGGGUGGUUGGGAAAUAAUUUUCAAUCAAAAGAAUUUAUCGACUAGUUUUUUUAGCAAGAUUUUUUUUACGAAAUUGCUGUGAAAUGACAAGGCUUGUUCCAAACACUACAUGCUUUAUUAGUGGACAUCUCGCAACAAUAACUCAUUAUAAGUCAAGGAAACCCCAGGUCCCAGUGACUUUGAAUCUCAAAAUUCUAAAUCAAUUUUUUGGCGGUCUCUUGUCAUGAGAUUUUCAUUUAAUCAGUAAUGCAGUAUUUAUGAACGAUUUUUAUCACUUAUGUGGUGAUAUCUUACUUAAAUUGCAUUUAACCAUGUUGUUUAAUAUUGUGAUAUUGUCUGUUUGAAAUACUUUCAUCACAUAUUGGCAAAGAUUUUGUAAAUACUUACAGACGCCUUUUGCAAGAGGUGAUUUAAUUAAAGGGAUAUACACAUAGUAUCUCUGAUUGUUUUUUUCCAUACUCAUGUUAAAAUUAAUCUGUUAUGUGUUGAUGGACCAAUUGUAAGUGUUUAAUAUUAAUGUAGAUCACUGUUUUGUUAAUUAUUUAUAUUUAUCUGUUUCAAUUUAUUGUUAUGAUAUAUGAUAAUUAACUAACUUAUAUCCAAAUAAAUGAUUAAACCUUGUA